AUGUCCUCUAUAUAUCCCUCGCUCUCGCUCCCACCCACCCCGCCCUCACUCUCGCUCCCACCCACCCCACCCCUCACACUCGCUCCCACCCACCCCGCCCUCACUCUCGCUCCCACCCACCCCACCCUCACUCUCGCUCCCACCCACCCAACCCCUCACUCUCGCUCCCACCCACCCCGCCCUCACUCUCGAUCCCACCCACCCCACCCCUCACACUCGCUCCCACCCACCCCACCCCUCACACUUGCUCCCACCCACCCCACCCCUCACACUCGCUCCCACCCACCCCACCCCUCACUCUUGCUCCUACCCACCCCACCCCUCACACUCGCUCCCACCCACCCCACCCCUCACUCUCGCUCCCACCCACCCCACCCCUCACUCUCGCUUCCACCCACCCAACCCCUCACUCUCGCUCCCACCCACCCCACCCCUCACACUCGCUCCCACCCACCCAACCCCUCACUCUCGCUUCCACCCACCCAACCCCUCACUCUCGCUCCCACCCACCCCACCCCUCACACUCGCUCCCACCCACCCAACCCCUCACUCUCGCUUCCACCCACCCAACCCCUCACUCUCGCCUCCACCCAUACACUCACCCUCUUUGUCCGCUAUCUCUAUUUAUCUCUCGCUUUUUUCAAUACCUCUAUCUACUUUAUAUCUUGA